AAAUACGCAAGACACUGCCGACCUUGAGCUGAUUUGCAAGUUCCUCUUACCACGGUCCCACAUGCCCUGGUUCUCUCCAACAUGCCCUCAGCAGCCGCCCUGCGCCAACGCGCCGCGGAAUCAGGUCUCCACGAUCAAACAAAUCUGCUUCGGAAGAAACAACUCUUCAUCGUUUUUUCGUCCCUGGCCUCGGCGCUGUUCAUCUGCUAUGCUGACCAAAAUGGCAUUGGAACCAUUCUCCCCACAGUCGCGCGAGAUUUCAAGGCCCUAGAUACAAUCUCAUGGGCAGGUACAUCCUCCCUCAUCGCCAACACUGUCACGCAAGUCAUGUAUGCGCGCAUCUCAGACAUCUACGGACGGAAACCGGUGUUCCUUUUCUCAGUAGGCAUGCUAGUGUUGGCAGACAUCCUCUGCGGAGUUGCGCCGGAUGCGCCCAGCUUUUACGUGUUCCGUGCACUGGGUGGCAUUGCGGGUGCUGGUAUCAAUUCCUUGACUAUGAUGAUCGUCUCUGACAUCGUGACGCUCGAAGAGCGAGGAAGAUGGCAAGGUUUCUUGGGUGCUGGCAUUGGAGGUGGCAAUGCGGUGGGACCGCUGCUUUCUGCUGCUUUUGCGUUGCAUCAGACGUGGCGCGCCUUUUUUUGGUUUCUUGCCCCUUGUGGUGCCAUUGCAGGUGCCAUUGGAUGGUUCUAUCUUCCCUCAACGAUGCCGAAGGGGAACGCGAAACACCAAUUCAAGCUCAUUGACUGGGCUGGAAUCAUCACUGCCACCAUUGCUAUUGUGCUGAUCUUGAUUCCGCUUUCUGGCGGUGGCUCAUACUUCGAUUGGUCUUCGCCGAUGGUCAUUUCAAUGUUUGUCAUCGGUGGUCUGUCCUUUUUGGCCUUCCUUUUCGUCGAAUGGAAGAUAGCAACCCUACCCAUGAUGCCGCUAAACAUGUAUACCAACGCACCUGUCGCAGCAGUCUUGGCGCAAAAUUUCUUCUUUGGAAUGGUCUACUACUCGAAUCUGUACUACAUUCCACUGUAUAUCCAAAAUGUCCGAGGUUGGGAUCCGAUUAUUUCGGGCGCUUUCCUCGUCGCAAUCAACGCUCCACAGUCGAUUGUCAGUACGUUAUCUGGUAUUUUCAUCUCCCGCUACAAGCGUUAUGGAAUCGUGAUAUGGACGGGGUUCAUCAUUUGGACACUCGGGGCUGGACUAAUCUGCAGCUUCACGCGAACAAUGCAUCCUGCUGCUAUUGCUGUCAUACUCUCAAUCUCUGGUAUUGGAGCUGGCUGCAUUUUCCAACCGGUUCUGAUAGCCUUGCAAGCACACUGCUCAAAAGCGCAACGGGCAGCUGUCAUAUCCAACCGCAAUUUCCUACGCAGUUCGGGAGGUGCAGUUGGACUCUCUAUCUCAGCACAAGUCUUGCAAAGCUCACUUCGCAAUAAUUUGCCACCUCGACUUGCUAGCCUGGCGCAUGACACCUACGCCUUUCCGAUUUUAGAUUCUGCGGAUGAAGACGCGGUGAGAAACGCAUAUAUGGCUGCUAUUCGGACUGUUUUCAUUGUUUCAGCGCCAAUGAUGGGCCUUUGUCUUGUGCUUUGUCUGUUUAUCAAAGAUCGUGGGCUGCAGCGACCGGAGGAGCGGGAGCAGGCGAAGACUGCAGAAGCGGCAGCGGCCAACGAAGAGAAACAGGAGUUGCAAGAGAAGCAACAGCCGCAGCAGGAUCCUUCGAACGACGGAGAGACCAUCGAGUCGACACCCGCAGCAGGCGUAGAUAACAAGAUCGCAGACACGAGACCGAAUGUGUCAGCACUGAGCUCCCAAUAGCCAAAUGUAGAAAUACAUAUGGAAAUAUAGACCGAAACGUAUAUGA